AUGGCGCCUCAACAUCACAACUACCGUGACAGACGUUACGCGGACGCUCGAAUGGGAUCGCACUUUCCCCGCCUUCUCCUCCUCCCCCUCAUCCUCACCUCCCUUCUCCUCCCAGUCGCCUUCCUUACCGCCCCAGCAGCAGCGCAAUCCACGCCGUAUUCCACGCUGGGCGUCCCCGUCGGGAUUAUCGCCGGCGGGGUGCACAACACCCUGACGGGCGACAUCAAGAACGUCGCAUGGCAGGUGAACCUUCGCACGCGACGCGAGAUCGGAACGGUCGGUGCGGCGGAUAGCGACCCGGACGCGUGGCGAGUGGACUGUAGCGUCGCCACGGACGGCACUGCUUAUGUCACUUCCACCACCUCGCGUCUCAACGUUGUGCGCUACACGACAGACGGGGCAGUAUCGCAGCCGCCCGUGAAUCUUCCCGCCGGAUUCACGAGCACGACAACGGUGCUCGGAGGACCUUCCGAGAACCUUCUCGUGGUGGCAGAUGGGGGGGAGUCGGCAGGAGGGGCUGUCUCGGUGGAUAGGACUCAGAAGACGGUUACGAAACUGGUGGGAUCGGGUUACCAGUGCACGUCGGCGACAUUCUGCUAUUCGCCAGCGGCUUUGCCGAUCGAUUUCCUCGUCCUGACUUGCCACGUCACCGCGGAUGAUUCUGACGUGGUUGUUACCGUUCCCAUCGACCCUGCCACGGGUGCAUUCCAAACCGACGCCUCGUCGAUUAAAUACGUCUCAUCUUCAUUUGCGAUUCGGCAAGCGGCGUGUUCUCCGGGAGGCGGCUUCAUAGCCCUUCUCAGAUUCGAUUCAAAUAUUCUCUACACCUACGCGCUUCCGUUGGCUGGAACCGCUCUUUCCGCGUCGCCGCUCUCCUCGACCACUCUUACCGCGGGCACCUCCUCGACGUUAGUGAUCGACUCCACUUAUAAGAACGUCCUCGUUACAAGCACGUCUUCGUACAAGACGGGCGGCAACGGGCAGAGCUACCUCGGCACGCUUGACACCGUGCCUUAUACCGAAACCGGCGGGUGCGCUACUACCGCGUCUGCCGGCGCGUUUCAAUUCUUAACCGCCGGAACCUACGCGCGCUUGGCGCUAUACCCCGGAAGCUCUUUAGAUGCUCCUGUCGCACUAAUGGCUAUUUGGGAGGGAGUUUAUUCCUUGAAGCUUGCAGCAGACGGUGCGGUUCAGACCGAUACAGCUGGGUUUAUCAAUCUCGGUACCGCCGAGUCGGGUAAUGAUUUCUUCGCUACAGCCGUAUGCGUGCAGAAGUUUGUAGCGUCCCCCUCCCCUCCGCCGCCUCCGCCGCCCUCGCCGCCUUCCCCUCCGCCCAGUCCCCCGCCGCCGCCGUCUCCGCCUAAGCCACCUUCCCCGCCCAAGCCGCCCUCACCCCCGAGGCCUCCCCCAAGUCCCCCAAAGCCGCCGUCGCCUCCGCCGCCGUCUCCCCCUUCCCCGCCACCAUCCCCGCCACGUCCGCCUUCUCCGCCCCCUAGUCCCCCGCCCCCACCGAGUCCACCUCCUAGCCCUCCGCCAAGACCACCCCCUCGCCCUCCCCCAAACCCGCCCCCGUCACCGCCCCCGCGCCCUCCCCCUAGACCUCCCCCACGCCCGCCCCCAUCCCCUCCCCCAAGCCCUCCCCCCAAACCUCCCCCACGCCCGCCCAAAAGCCCCCCGCCUUCCCCACCUCCGCGCCCGCCCCCCAAGCCGCCCAAGCCGCCCAAGAAGAAGACAAGAAGGACCCUGGAAGUGGGCGGGUGGGAGGGAGCACGGGGAGUGGAGUUGAGCAACAGGCGGAAGCCGCCUCCGCUCCCCGUAGUAAUGACGGAGAGGGAUAAUGGAAACGCUCUUCUGCUUCCGUUACAGUUGCCUGAAAACCCAUGA